CGUGGUAGCAGUCCAGACUCCAGCACUGUGAUUGACGGUGAUGGCUGAACUAACUUUUUCCACGUGUCACUCUAACAUCUGGGGUAUUCUCGUGUAAAUAAUAACUACUACGAGGGUACUUUCACCAACGUAAUCGUUAUUCUGCUUACCCUUUUUUUUUUUUUUUCUUUUCCCGGUAAAUUUCUGCUUUUUUGUUCGAUCUGUUUUGGUUUGGCCAAUAAUGGAACUCUUCUUUCACCAUUUUCCUGGAAAGUCUCGAAAUCUAGAAGAUGCAUCUCUCUAAAGAGAUAAUAAAUCCCAAUAGAAUCACUCUAAUCUCUGCUCUUCCUCUCUAAAAAUUUGUUCGAUUCCGAUUUGGUUUAAGACAUGAUUACGAAUCCACGUAUGUUGUUGUACACCUGCAUUGCGAAAGGAACAGUGAUUCUCGCAGAGUUCGUUUCGAAAGAAGAGCCAGGAAUCGAAGAUCUAGCUUUGACAUGCAUCGGGAACGCGCCUCCUCACCAUUCGAUGGUCUCUCACACAGUCCGCAAAAGAACUUACGCUUUGAUCAUCGAUGGAUUUUUUUCGUAUUUCGCCAUCUUAGACGAGGCGGUUACGAAAUCUGAGUCUCUCUGGCUCUUCGAUCGGUUGAAAUCGGUUACGGAGUCUUUGAUGGAAGACGGAUCCACAGCGGAUUCGUUGGUUAAUCAUCCGAGUCGACACUGUCUCCAAUCGAAGCUGGAUCCAGUCUUCGCUGAGAUCACUACUAAUAAUAAUAAGAAUAAGGAUUUGGAAUUGGAGUUUGUUGGAUCUUCUCCUAGGACGAGGGAGAUUAAUAAUCCAAGUUUGGAUUCUUCUUCGUCUAGAGGUCGAAAAGGCGGUGGUGCGUUUAUGCCGCUGUUAGGUAAGCCGUUGAGGGUGUUGAAGAGCAAGAAGAGAUUGCAUACUGAUGAGAAGAAGAUGGAUCUAGGAGGAGGAGGAGGAGGUAAUAAAGGAGUUAGAAAUGGUUUGAUGAUUCAUCAUGAUCAUCAUCAUAGACAAAAGGCGAAACAGAUAUGGAAGAAACAUGUUUGGGUUGUUUUGAUGUUUGAUCUCUGCAUCUGUCUUGUUCUGUUUUGUAUCUGGCUUUGGGUUUGUCAAGGGUUUCAAUGCAUCCUCCAAGGUUAAAUAAUAAAAAUUAUUAAAUACUUUUUAUACAAAAAAAACUUCAUCAAAAAUU